AUGACAACGAGUGUGGAACAACAAAAUGGUUCUGUUGGAACUACUGCUGCAACGACAAAUGCGUCUUCAAGUCGCACAACUCCUGCACCGGCAAUGGCACCGGCAGAAAAGCCCAAAAAAAUUUCUGGCAUGGACUUCAAACGCUGGCAGCAGAAAAUGUUCUUCUAUCUGACCACUCUCAGUUUACAAUGCUUUAUUAGCGAGGACGUUCCAGUCUUGGGAGAAGAGACUCCGGAAAAUGAGCGAUUUGUGGUCACGGAGGCAUGGAAGCAUUCUGACUUCUUGUGCAAAAAUUAUAUAUUGAGUUGUUUGGAAGAUGGCUUGUACAACGUUUAUAGUGUCAUGGAGACUUCGAAAGAGUUAUGGAACGCUCUUGAAAAGAAGUACAAAACGGAAGAUGUUGGACUAAAGAAAUUUGUUGCCGUACAAUUCUUGGACUUUAAAAUGGUGGACAGUAAGUCUGUCAUAACUCAAGUUCAACAAUUACAAGUCAUCGUUCAUGACCUCCUUGCCGAAGGUAUGGUCAUAAAUGAAGCGUUUCAAGUUGCGGCAUUUAUUGAAAAGCUACCUCCGCUGUGGAAGGACUUUAAGAAUUACUUGAAACAUAAGCGCAAGGAGAUGACGCUUGAAGACCUUAUUGUUCGUCUACGGAUUGAAGAGGAAAACAAGGCUGCUGAGAAGAAGUCUCGUGGAAAUUCAACAAUAAUGGGUGCAAAUAUUUUUGAGGAAGCUUCAACGAGUAAAAAGAGAAAGAAGUCAAUGCAACCUAGUCAAAAUCCUAGAGAAUGGUGGAUUGAUUCGGGAGCAGCUCAACAUGUUUGUGCUAACAAGAAGUUGUUUACUUCUUAUGCUCCCGCUGGACCCAACGAGACAGUUUUUAUGGCAAAUUCCGCUACUGCAUAA